AUGGACUGCUUUUCUAAACUUCCUCCUGAGCUCAGGAUCCGAAUCUUCUCUCACUUUACGUCUACAUCUACAAUCUUUCGACUGGUGCAAGCAUCUCCAAUCAUGCUUUCUCAGUACAGGGUGUCCGAAACAACUAUAAGACGGCAAUAUGUUGUUAACCUACUCGCCGGUGAUCGGCACGAAGAUCUCCUACAGGACGCAUUGGGCCUGCUUUAUCUGGAGCUAUCCGACAAACGUCCUGACAAUCACGUCAUGAAAUACAUCAUCAGGCAGUGGAACUCAAAAUCGCUCCCUGAUCCUUUUCUUCAAAAGGAUCAGGCUGCCAUUGCCAAGCUUUAUAAACUCUUCUCCUCUAUGAACAUGUUUGUGGAGGACUACAUCAGCAAAGCCACUUCCUCAAACCCACCUCAAGCGUAUCUCUGUCUUCCUCAGAUCAGUGGCCCAAAUAGAGGGCUCUACUACAAGGAGCACAGCUUUAGUCCGAGACAUGUCACUUUAGAUGAUCUCACAUCAUCAGAACGUCAUCACCUUAUCUGGGCAUUCAUCAAAUACGACAUGUACUACAAGAUUCAGGCACCUAAAAUGGAGUUGCUGACAGGCAACAACGAACAUUUUUUUAUGUGUGUGAAAGCAUUUAAGGAACUCACCAGCGGCGACCGCGAAGCACUUUCUUGCGUUUCUGAUUAUGUCACCGCUGUAUAUGGGGCCCUUUUCACAGCAUCUACACGUUGCUCAACCAGACAUGCUUCCAGUACCUUACGAGAUACGCCCGCCAACCCAGCACGCCUGUUAUACCCAGAUAAUCUUUAUUUCAGCCCAUUACUCGCCUUCGAUGAUAUGAAGCUACCAUCAAAAUGCAUUCGGAAAUAUGCUAUUAAUUUAUCAGUCCUCGGCUUUGAUCUACUCAGAGAUCUAGUACGGUUUGCAAACAAAGCACAGCCCGAAGAUAUGCGAAGCUAG